GUCAAUUUGACCAACAGUGGGUUACAGAAUGCGUAAUUUUGACUUGCUUAUGAGUUUUUGUAGAAUUAUUUUUGGACACAACAUCAAACAAUACGAAAAGCCUCAUUGUUAAUUGUGACAAUGGCGUGUCAGGGAGCCAGCGUGUGGAUUCCUGACCCAGAUGCCGUGUGGGUGCCAGCCCAGCUUCUCCAGGACUACACGCGUGACGAGAAACAUGUACUGCUGCAGUUUCCUGGCAGGGAGGAGGUACGUUACCCAGUGGCGGCGCCCUCUGACCUUCCCCCGCUUGCCAACCCUGACAUAUCUGAGGGCGAGAGUGACCUGACGGCGCUCAGCUUCCUCCACGAGCCCGCCAUCUUGCACAACUUGCAUGUUCGCUUCAUGGACUACAACAGCAUCUACACGUACUGUGGUAUCGUCCUGGUGGCCAUCAAUCCCUACGAUCAGCUACCCAUCUACGGCGAGGAGGUGAUUGACGCUUACAGCGGUCAGGACAUGGCUGACAUGGAGCCUCACAUCUUCUCUGUGGCUGAAAACGCCUAUCGCACCAUGAUGAGGGAGGAGAAAAACCAGUCCAUCAUCAUCAGCGGUGAGUCCGGCUCAGGAAAGACGGUAUCGGCCAAAUUCACCAUGAGAUUCUUCGCCGUGGUGGGCGGAGCUGCUCAGCAGACCAGCGUAGAGGAAAAGGUGCUGGCCUCCAACCCUAUCAUGGAGGCCAUUGGGAACGCCAAAACGACAAGGAACGACAACAGCAGUCGCUUUGGGAAGUACAUCCAGAUCAACUUCGGCAGGAAAGGAGACAUCAUCGGAGCCAACAUGAGCACAUACCUGCUAGAGAAGUCCAGGGUGGUCUUUCAGGCACCAGCGGAGAGAAACUACCACAUCUUCUACCAGCUGUGUGCCUCCAGACAGCUGCCUGAACUGAGAUCACUAAAACUGGCCACUCCUGAGCAUUUCCGCUACACCAACCAGGGAGGAGACGCAAACAUACCGUGUACUGAUGAUGUGAUGGAGCUAGAGCGCACUCGCAGUGCUUUCACCAUCCUGGGUGUGCUGCCAGACCAGCAGAUUGAGCUAUUCAGAAUCCUGGCUGCUGUUCUACACUUGGGGAACGUCAACAUUCAAGCCAGCGGGCGGAGUUCAGAGCGCAGCUACAUUGAUGCAGAUGAUGUCUCCCUGGCCAUAUUCUCCAAGCUACUGGGGGUGGAGGCAGCCCUAAUGGCCCACUGGCUGUGUCACCGGAAGCUGCUGCUGGGAGGGGACACCCUGGUCAAGCCCAUGUCGGGCCAGCAGGCUGUCGACGCCCGAGAUGCUCUAGCCAAGCACGUCUACGAACAGAUGUUCAAGUGGACCGUGCAUAGGCUCAACGUUACCCUGCGCAGUCAAUCGGGUCGGGCCGGCUCCUUCAUAGGGGUACUAGACAUCUACGGGUGUGUCAUCAGGCUGCAGGAGUGGUGUUAUCGAUUCACAGUGGUUCAACUGAGGUCUUCUUCUCUAUGCAGCUUUGAGACGUUUGAGCGCAACAGUUUUGAGCAGUUCUGUAUCAACUACGCCAACGAAAAGCUGCAACAGCAGUUCAACCGGCACGUCUUCCACCUGGAGCAGGAGGAGUACGAACGCGAGGAGCUGACCUGGAGCAGGAUCGAGUUCAGCGACAACCAGCAGUGUAUUCUUCUCAUCGAAGGACCGCUCGGCCUGUUGGACCUGUUGGACGAGGAGUGCAGGAUGCCCAAAGGUUCUGAUGAGAGCUGGGUUCUGAAGCUGUACGACCAGCACCUGACAGGCAGAGCUCACCCUCACUUCCGUAAACCUCGCAUGUCCAACAGCGCCUUCGUCAUCCUGCACUUUGCUGACAUGGUCCAGUACGAAUGUGGUGGCUUCUUGGACAAGAAUCGAGACACCGUCUUUGAGGAGUUGAUCAACAUUUUAAAAGCCAGUCAGUCAGAGCUGGUGGCUGAGUUGUUCCAGCAGCAGGGAAGCAAAGCUAGUGUGGCCAACGGAAGUGUCCGUUCAGGAAGAAGAGCCCACAGGGAGCACAAGUUGAGCGUGGGCUUUCAGUUCCGUCAGUCCUUGCAGCUGCUGAUGGACACACUGAGCAGCACCACUCCUCACUAUGUGCGCUGUAUUAAACCCAACGACCUCAAGGAGCCUUUUAUUUUCGACCCGAAGAGGGCUGUCCAGCAGCUGAGGGCUUGUGGCGUUCUGGAGACCAUCCGAAUCAGCGCUGCAGGUUUUCCAUCCAGAUGGACAUACGAAGAGUUCUUCUUCAGGUACCAUGUUCUGUUGCGAGGCUCCCAAAGCUGCGAAGAAGUCCAACUGGUGUGCCGCCACGCUCUACCUCAGCUCAUACCUGACCCGGACCAGUACGUCUUUGGAAGGACCAAAGUGUUUUUCCGGGCGGGGCAGGUGGCACUCCUUGAGAGGUUGAGAGCGGAAAGACUGCGGGCGGCCGCUGUGGUCCUUCAGAGUUUGGUGAGAGGAUGGCUGGCCCGAAUUCACUACACCAGAACCCUCUGGGCAACCGUCACCUUACAAAGACAUUGCAGAGGAGCUCUGGCCAGGCGAUUGGCUUGGACCCUACGCUACUGCAAGGCUGCUCUAGUCAUCCAGAAGACCUACCGCAUGCUGGUGGCCAGACACGGGUUCCUCCUGAUCCGACAGGCCGCCAUCACCAUCCAGGCUUUCAUCAGAGGCACACUGACCCGCCGCAAUUACAGACUGCUGGUGGCAAAUAGAGCCGCCUCUCUGCUCCAGGCCAGAGUGCGAGGGUGGUUGGCCAGGAGGGCCUUCAUCAGGUUCCGUGCGGCAGUGGUCUUCGCGCAGUGCUGCAUACGUCGUAAAGCGGCGAGAAGGGAGCUGCUGAAGCUCAAGACCGAAGCUCGUUCAGUGGAGAAGUACCAAGAGCUCAACAAAGGCAUGGAGGUCAAACUGAUGCAGCUGCAGAUAAAAGCAGACCAGGAGGCCAGAGAGAGUGCUGCUCUAAAAGAGAGUCUGCGUGGUGAGCGAGAGGCUGCCGCGAUUGAACUCUCCACUCUGAAGGCCACAAUACAGAAACUUGAAGAACAUCAGAAACACUUAACUGCUCCUCCUGUUUCCAUCGUAAGCGAGGAGGCGGAGCAGGAAAUAAGACGAGCAGACAAAAAGGCUGCCCAGGAACUCCUCCAGCUAACACAAGAGGUGGAAGCCCUGCAGAGAGAGAAGGUCUCCUUGAGCACAGAAAGAGAGCGUUUGACCGCAUGUCUUCUACAGCAGGAAGAAGCACACGAAGCUCUUGUGCGGCAAGCGGUGUCUCAAGCCACGGAAGCUAUAAAAGUGCAGCUGGACGAGGAGAGGAGGAAGCACCAAGGCCUCCUGAGGGAGUUCACCAGGCUAGAACAGCGAUAUGACAACCUGAGGGAGAUGAGCCAGCUCACUCAGGACAUGAAGGGCUACAGAAGGACAGACUCCACUCAGAGCUUAGAACCUCUGUCGCCUCAGUCUCUAACUCCCCUGUCCUUCUCCCCCUCCACAUCUACAUUCCCUUCUCCUGAGGAGGUCCGCAGGAUCAGCGUGACAUCUCCCACCACAGAAGCAGGAGUCUCCAUGCAGAGUCUGGCAUCACCUAUGGGGCUACUGGAGGCCCGUGAGCAGGAGUGUGUGAGACUGAGGAAAGAGCUGAAUGACCUUCGGAACACUGUCCCACUCAGACGCCUUCUGACACAAGUAUUUCCAUCAGCGUUUCCCACUGAGAACUCUUCUUCAUCCAAUCAACACAAAGCAGCUUCAACCACUGGUCUGCUUGAAUGCAGGAGAAGAGACGAGAACAAACUCAUGAAGAAUCUCAUCACAGACAUCCGUACAGACAUAGCCAUGUCUCUGCCUCCUGGGCUGCCGGCCAGCGUGGUGUUCCUGUGUGUACGCCAGGCGGACUGCAGGGGGGAUCAAAGCAGUGCUUAUUCGCUGUGUCGCGGUGCCGUCACCGCCAUGAAGACAGCUCUAAGGAAACACACCAAUGACUUGAACAUGACGGCGCUGUGGCUGAAAAACAUCAGUUUGUUGCAUGACCUGCUGAGUCAGCACGCCCCAAAACAGCUUACAACCCAUCCAGAAGAAGUGGUGCCCUUGACUUUUAACCUCAGCGAUUCAUUGCACACCCUGAGCGAGCUCCGCAUUCUGGCCUAUCAGCAGCUCAUCUCCAUCACUGAGACACGACUGCAGAACAUCACAGCCGCUGCCCUGUUGGAAGGCGAAGACAUCCCGGGCUCGAGGAAGCGAGCAAGCUCAGACCCGAGGACUGCACGGGCCGACGCUCCCACUGUGGCCUCGGUGCUGAGAGAGCUGGGGGUCCUCCACGUCGCCAUGUCCCAUCAGGCUUUAUGCCCGCAGCUGCUGGAGCGAGCCUUCCAGCAGCUCACCUACUUCAUCUCCGCCUCCGCUUUCAACAGCCUGCUGCUCAGGAAGGAUGUGUGCUGCUGCAGUCGUGCUAUUUUAAUACGGCUGAAUGUGAGUCAGCUGGAGGAGUGGCUGCGUAGCCGAGGUUUGCUGACAGAGGGCGCUGUGGCCGCAAUGGAGCCUCUCAUUCAAGCUGUUCAGCUGCUGCAGGUUGGAAAGAAGAGUGAAAAGGAUGCACAGAUCCUUGUGCAGACCUGCACCGCCCUCAGCAGCCAGCAGAUUGUGAAGAUCCUCAGCAACUACUCACCUCACGGUGACCUCGACGAAAGAGUCUCGCUCAAUUUCAUCCGCCUCGUACAGGGACUCUUCAAAGACCGUGCAGACGCUCAACCCCGGCAGCACCUCCUAGACGUGAAGCGGGUGUUUCCUGUCACCUUCCCCGACGCCACGCCUCCUGCCGUACGCGCUGACAAGUUGGUCAUUCCGGAUUCCCUUAAGCUCUCUUUUUUACGCAGAGUAUAAACCAGAGGUCCCCAAACUUUUUGACUCAGGGGCUGCAUUGGGUUAAAGCAAUUUGGCCGGAAAAAAAUUCAUUUUUAGAAAAUAUGAUUUGCCUGAGCGGCUAGGAGACACUAAGCGUAACAAGCAGUAGAAAAUGGAUUAUUAAGGAAAGAUUUUAAAAGAUAAUACAAAAAAAAGCUCUUUUAUUUUAUUUUUUUAAACUUGGGACUUCCCGCGGGCCAGAUUUUGGACACUGGCGGGCCGGAUACAGUUUGGGGACCCCUGGUAUAAACUAACAAAUGAAGUCGAAACAUCGAUAUUGUCCAAUUUUUAUUUGAAGCAAAAACACGACGAGACUGUAGUCCCGGUAAACCUCAACAUUUCAUCAAGAACCAUAAUAUUUAAAAAAAAAAAAAACAUUAGAAACAUUUCGUGUAUAAAAAAAGUCCCAUGCGACUACUUUGUACCACACAUCAUCAGUAAUAUAUAUUUAUAUAUUCACAAACAUUUGAAUAUCAAAAUAAAGGACAACAUCAAAUAAUAAAUAUAUAUUAUAUGCACGUGCUGGCACAAUGCUUCUUUUUUGUUCUUUUCUUACAUA